CCACCCCGCCAUUUCUCAUUUAUUUAAGCCGCCCGCAACCGCCAAGGCACUUCCGGAAAAACAAAUCGAUCGAGCGCGAGGACGAAGGGGAAGGAGACUUGUGCGGCGGAGUAGCUGCUCGCUUCACACGGGUGAGGAGGAGGAGGAGGAGGAGCAGAGCUGCGGCCGGGGGCGAGGAAAAGUCAAAGGCUCGCAAUCCUCCCCCGGCGCCUUCUCGUCACCUUCUCCUUCUUCCUCGUCUGCUCCGCCUACCCCGCACGUUUCGCUUCCCCUCUUUUAACAACGCCCGCCACCGCCACCUCCGCAGUCGAGCAGAGCGCGCCUCCUCUCCCUCCCUCUCUCCCUCUCUUUCGCUGCCCACUUGCGGCUGUCUCGCUCGCUGAACUGGUUGCGCCGUAGCGGCCGGGGAGCUGCGCUCCGCCUCUCCUCCACAGAAACUGCUGUUGAGUCUCUAGCUUCUCUGUGGGCGCAUCUGCAAUUGUGUUGAUAAAGAUGGCCUGCUGCUUUCUGUUUGGAAAGAAAGCUAAACAAGCUGUUGAAGGCGAUGAAGAUCUACACAGCGUCAAAGUAUUUUCUUACAACGACUUGAGAAAGGCUACACAAGAUUUCAGUGGCGCAAACAAGAUUGGCGAGGGUGGUUUUGGUUCUGUCUUCAGGGGAGUGCUUAAAGAUGGGACAGUAGUAGCAGUGAAAGUUCUAUCUGCUACUUCCAGGCAAGGCAUCCGCGAGUUUCUGACUGAACUUACAGCAAUAUCUGAUAUCAAGCAUGAAAAUCUCGUCACUCUUAUUGGUUGCUGCGCUGAAGGCUCUCACAGAAUCCUAGUUUACAAUUACCUUGAGAACAACAGCCUUGCACAGACAUUGCUAGGAUCCAGAUACAGUAACAUUCGGUUCAAUUGGCGGGCUCGUGUCAAAAUUGCAGUUGGCAUUGCCCGUGGACUUGCAUUUCUCCAUGAGGAAAUCCGUCCUCCCAUUAUCCAUAGGGACAUAAAGGCAAGCAACAUUCUUCUUGACAAGGACCUCACCCCAAAAAUUUCCGAUUUCGGGUUGGCAAGGCUCCUACCACCCAAUGCGACCCAUGUGAGCACCCGAGUAGCAGGCACAUUAGGAUACUUGGCUCCUGAAUACGCAAUCCGAGGUCAAGUGACAAAGAAGUCUGAUAUCUAUAGUUAUGGUGUUCUUCUUUUAGAAAUUGUUAGUGGGAGAUGCAACACCAACACAAGAUUACCUAGUGAAGAUCAAUUUCUCCUUGAGAGGACAUGGGUACUCUAUGAGCAAGGACGUUUAGAAGAAAUCGUAGAUAUCGACAUCGGCGAUGACCUGGAUGUUGAGGAGGCAUGCCGGUUCUUGAAGAUUGGCCUGCUAUGCACACAAGAUGCAAUGGCCCGUCGUCCCAACAUGACCAAUGUCUUUCGGAUGCUCUCAGGGGAGAAGAGAAUCAACAUAGACAAGAUCACCAGGCCUGCCAUGAUCACUGAUUUUGCAGAUCUCAAGAUCAGCAACAAGGAGCAAAGGUCAGGCGAGACACGCUCUCCCACGACGGCUCCCACGACGAAAUCAUUCACCAGCACAGAACCGUUCUCAUCGUCAGAGACGCCCACACAGUCAUCCAUGUGAAAUUGUGGGCGUAAGAAGCAGAUAUUUUUUUUUGUUUCAGUUUGUAUAGUGUGUGAAUGUGGUAGGUGGGCUAGGUUACAUGAAUUUUUUGAUGAGUUUGUUGUUUGUUUCGUUAUGAGGAAAGAUCUCAUAGGUCUCUUAUUGCAUCUUUGAUUCUGUAAAUAUUUCAAAAUGAAGAUGAUCGAGAUAAGCUUUGCACGAUUCUCAUUCUCGAA